AUGAGUCAGUCGAUCUCAAAGAUGUCUUCUUGCCAGUGCAAGGCCUGCCUGGGCCAGCUCGCAAGCCCCCAGUGGCUCUGGUUCCACGAGCAGCAUCACCACAACAACUACAAAAUCCUCGCCUGCCCGCACUGCGACUUCAUCUUGCCGACAAAGGCCAAGUACUUCCCUGCCGAGACCAGCAAAUCUCGUCAAUUCCUUCUCAGAUGCCCCUCGUGCAACCGUCAAGACCACUUACAUCUUUUUCUUCGUCGCCAGACCGCCUUUGCCUGCGGUUUUUGCUCCGGUUGUUUCUAUUCUUCUUCUUCUUCUUCUUCUUCUUCUUCUGCUGCUGAGACGACCUCGGGCUCCAGCUCCAACCGCGACUUGCAUCUCCGCCUCAAGCGGCGUUUCUUCCGCCACAUCGCCGCCGAACUUUCUCGCAACGACGAGCUCAUCAAAAAAGGCAAACCACCGCGCGAAUGGAGUCGUUUCAACGUCAUCUACGGCUUGCUCCAGCGCCCGGGAAUUGCCAAGCACUGGAGGGCCUUGAUUUUAGACACCAAUGAGGGCAAGAACGGCAAAGACGAUGAAGGUAGCACUGGUACGGGCAAGAUUCCAAACGGGGUGGAUGCCUUUUUCAGUUGGGACAUGGACAAUACCGCGGCGGUGCACGCGGAUGGUAUGGAUGCCAGCAUGACAAGCAUAUCGGACCUGCAGGUCUGGUUGCAGUUCUUUGAUCCAGAGAGGGAUGGUAAUAAAAAGGCAGCAAAUUUGGCGGAGCUGGCGUUUGCGCAGGCCGAUAAGGUGCUUCAACCGCGUGCGAGGGCUGGAAGGGUUGAGGCGAAGAAGACAAACAGUGCAGUCACUGCUGGCUGGGCCGGAAAGGGGAGCGAGGAGCAGAAAGGAGGCGAGAAGAGCAUCAUCAGACUGGAUAAACCACUUCCAGAGUUGCCCCUGCCUACUGUACCGGGACUUCCACCGUCAUCAACAUCGCGGCCAAUUGCCCCUGAGUUGAGGAGCACAGACUAUCGUCGGAACCAGGAGAGAAAACGAGAGGAGGAAAACACCAGGAGGAAAGUAAGGAAGGUCGUGAAGCAGAUUGAGAUGGCAUUGGCAGCUGCCUACUGUUGA